AUGCCGAACAUUAAGAAAGAACCAGGAAUAGCCUCGAAUGGAACAGAUAAAGAAGGUAUACUUUCAUUAAACAGACAAUUUGGUUAUUUAACGUUAGAAGGAUUUCAGUUUAGUUUCCCGUUGCCUGCUUUAUCAAAGUCUAAAUGUUGCUUUUUUCGAAAAGCGCCCACAAAUAUCGAAUUGACAGAUAAUAACGCAACAAAUGACAAUCUCGAUAAAGAUUCGUCAAUAACAGAUAUAGAUGGAUCGAAAAUCUCAAUAACCACAAAGCGCGAGAAUUCAAUAACCACAUAUGGUAUAAUUUCGCCAGAUUCUGGUAAUUCAAGUAAACGACGUGCGCCAUCUCCGAUACGAGAAGAGGGGACAAAAACCCCACCAGAAAAAAAGCAAAAAACAGAAAAGAAGAAAGGAAAAAAAUCGAAAACAAAUAAAGGUCCAAUUGACUUGGACAGGCAAUGUGGGGUAAUAAUAUCUCCGGGUGCACCGCCAUGCACGCGUUCAUUAACUUGUAAAAGACAUCCGAUGGCUGCAAAACGUGGGGUUCCCGGUCGAUCACAGACAUACGACAUAUUACUACAACAAUAUCAAAAAAAAUCGAUCCAUAAUAGUCAACUUGGUAUGAAAAAUGAAAUUGGAAAAAAGGACGAGGUGAAAAUCGAGGGCACUGAUUAA